AUGAGGUUCUCUUCUCUUGUCGCUCUUUUCGGAGCCGCGGGCUUCACCUUUGGUCUUCCUGUCUCAAACAGUGACCAGGUCGAGCCGGCUUCCGAACACCUGGACAAACGCUUCUACUAUACCCGCUACACUGCUCCGGAGAAGCGCGAUGAAGGCUCUCUCGACAAGCGUUUCUAUUAUACUCACUACGUUGAGCCCGCGAAACGCGAGGAGGGCGCCCUGGACCCGCGUUUCUACUAUACCCACUAUGAAGAGCCUGAGAAGCGCGAGGAGGGCGCCCUCGACAAGCGUUUCUACUAUACCCGCUACACUGCUCCGGAGAAGCGCGAUGAAGGCUCUCUCGACAAGCGUUUCUAUUAUACUCACUACGUUGAGCCCGCGAAACGCGAGGAGGGCGCCCUGGACCCGCGUUUCUACUAUACCCACUAUGAAGAGCCUGAGAAGCGCGAUGAG